UCCCCCUUUCCAAAUGAGGAACCAACUGGGCUUUGCAAUUGCCGCAAACAGCAAUUUGUUGUUCUUCAACCCUUUUCCAUCUGUAACUGUAAGUGUCAUUUCCUUCGUUAGCAACUCAAUUUUGAUUUCCAAAUUCCAACUCUUUCUUCUUCUACACUACACUUGCUUGCUCUUCGCCGUUUGGUGUUCGGCUUGUAAUUUCUGGGAAGGUUUAUGAUGUAACUCCUUUCAUGGAGGAUCAUCCCGGAGGCGAUGAAGUAUUAUUGUCCGCAACUGGAAAAGAUGCGACAAACGAUUUCGAAGAUGUUGGGCACAGCGAUUCAGCAAGAGAAAUGAUGGACAAAUAUUACAUAGGAGAAAUUGAUCCUUCGACAGUUCCUUUGAAGAGGAUGUACAUUCCAGCGCAGCAAACCCAGUACAACUCAGACAAGACACCCGAAUUUGUGAUUAAGAUAUUGCAGAUUCUGGUUCCCAUAUUCAUUUUGGGAUUGGCAUUUGCCGUUCGACACUACACCAAGAAUGAAUGAACGAACAGAAUGAUAAACCCUUUGGAGGGUAAUAAACUGCUUAUUCGCAGCAAAGCGAAAGCAAUUAUGUUUGUUUAGAAAGGACUUUUCUUUAGUUUUUACUCUCUUGGUUUGUGUUUUCAUGUGGGUUUAGUCUUAGAUCAGAGUCUGUCUGCAUUAUCAAAUAUUUAUUUCUUCUUUUCUGACUGUGUAAACAGUAUUCAACUUAAUAAUUAAUAAUUAGUUGGCUCAUUUUGCCUGCCUUUUCUA